AUGACGCGGCCAGAUAUCAUUAAUCUUAGGCCGCCGCCGCCGUCGGCGUCGCAGUGGGGCAGGUCGCGGGCGACGGGGUCACGUCCGCCGCCGCCGCCGCCGCCGCCGCCUCCUCCUCCUCCUCCUCCUCCUCCUCGGAAGAGCCCCCCCCCGCCCUGCGCGGCCGUGCACGUGGCCAGCCGCGCCUCGCGGCCACCGCGCCGCAACCUCGCCGCACUGGCUCACGGGAACGGAACGGAACGGAACGGAGACGCCGCUAAUGGCCUAAGGCCGGUUCAGCCGCGCCAAGACCGGCACGGCCUGCUGCAAUGCACGCCUCCUCUUGUUUGGAGUUUGAAACAUUGCACCAAUAUUUAAUGCUCAUUAUUAUUUUCUAUUAAAUUGUAAGAUUACUUUUA